AUGACUCCCUUCCAAGCAUUGUAUGGUUACCCCCCUCCACAACUAGGCCUAGAUGUGGUAAGAUCUCCAGUGGCAUCAGCGAAAUUAUGGUUAGGAGAUCGACUGAAGUGGAAUGAGAUGCUCCGCGACAACCUCUUAAAGGCGCAGAAUAGAAUGAAGCAGUUUGUUGACAAAGGAAGGACCGAAAGGAGCUUUAGUAUUGGGGAUUCAGUUUACCUCAAACUGCAACCAUACAGGCAAUCUUCAGUUGCUCUCAGGAGAAAUCUUAAGCUAUCCUCUAAGUACUAUGGGCCUUACAAGAUUGUGCAGAAAGUAGGCAGUGCCGCUUAUAAAUUAGAAUUACCAGAGGACUCCACCAUUCAUCCUGUCUUCCACGUAUCCUUGCUCAAACCUUCUACCAAAGGAGUUAGUCCCACCCAGGAUCUACCACUGACAACUGAGAAUGGCCAAGUCAAGAUUGCACCAGAGAGUAUACUAGCAACUAGAGAGGUAGUGAGGAAGCGGCAGAAGGUGCUCCAGGUAUUGGUUAAAUGGCUAAACUUGACUCCAGAUGACUCCACUUGGGAGGAUGCCUCUGUCCUUCGGUCUCAAUUCCCUAACUUUCAGUUCAAUCCCAGCCAGCGGAUCAUUCCCAUGAAGAGGCAAGCUAAAAACGUGAGCAGCUGUGUGGCUGCAUGGCUGACGUGGCAAAAGGGUGAAGCACGUGAGGAAAUUGCGAAGCUGCAAGAUGAUAAUAAAGCAUUAGAUCGCCUAACCAAGUCAAAAGAAGCUGUUUUACUGAAGGCUGAGAGAACUGUGCAACUGGCAUUGGCGAAGGCACCUAUGGUGGAUGAUCUCCAGAAUAAAAACCAGGAGUUGAUGAAGCAAAUAGAAAUUUGCCAGGAGGAAAAUAAAAUUUUGGAUAAAUUACACCAUCAGAAUGUUGCCGAGGUUGAAAAACUAACCCAGACUGUGCGUGAACUUGAGGAAGCGGUUCUGGCUGGUGGGGCAGCUGCUAAUGCUGUGCGGGAUUACCAGCGGAAAGUUCAAGAGAUGAAUGAGGAGAGGAAAACUCUGGACCGGGAGCUGGCCCGUGCAAAGGUGACAGCAAACAGGGUUGCAACAGUGGUUGCUAAUGAGUGGAAAGAUGCUAAUGACAAGGUUAUGCCUGUAAAGCAAUGGCUUGAAGAAAGAAGGUUCUUGCAGAGUGAGAUGCAGCAAUUGCGAAACAAACUUGCCAUUUCUGAGAGAACAGCGAAAUCUGAAGCUCAAUUGAAGGAAAAAUAUCAAAUGCGGCUCAAAGUUCCAGAGGAAACUUUGCGAUCACCAAACUCAAGCGUUCGCAACACACCAGAUGGAAGAAGUUCAAGCAAUGGUCUUUCACGCCGUCAAUCACUUGGUGGAGCCGAAAAUAUAUCUAAGCUGACCUCCAAUGGUUUUUUGCCCAAGAGGUCACCAUCCUUUCAGAUGAGAUCUUCUGGUAGCAGUACGGUGUUGAAGCAUGCAAAAGGGACAUCGAAGUCCUUUGAUGGAGGCUCACGGUCAUUAGAUAGGAGUAAAAUUCUUUUAAAUGGAACUGGUCCCAACUUCAAAAUGAGCCAAUCUUGUAAUGGGACCAAGGAUAGUGAGCCUCAAAAGAGUACCUGGAAAGAAAAUCAAGAUGAAAAACCUAGUGAUGUACAAGUAACAGAAACAGAUGAUACCGUGCCAGGUUUACUAUAUGAUUUACUACAGAAAGAGGUGGUUGCUUUGAGGAAAGCUGGUCAUGAAAAGGAUCAAAGCCUCAAAGAUAAAGAUGAUGCAAUUGAGAUGUUGGCAAAAAAAGUAGAAACUUUAACAAAGGCAAUGGAAGUUGAGGCUAAGAAGAUGAGAAGAGAAGUAGCUGCCAUGGAGAAAGAGGUGGCUGCCAUGCGUGUUGAGAAAGAGCACGAAAAUAGAGCAAAAAGAUUUGCUAAUCCCAAGGGUCCAGUGAACAGUUCUCAGUUGAUACCUGGAAGGUAUGCUGCAUGCCUUAUGUUUUAUGAACAGAAGCCAUUCUAUAUUGUUCCUAACGUUACUGCUUAGUAUAGUGAUACUCUAAUUACCAAACAUGAUUAUAGAUUUUGUGCU